AUCACUUCUUUGUCACUGAGCCCGCCUGUCUGUUCACUGAGGAAGACCUUGGUGUGAGGAAGAGGAAGCGCGCGCGGGGUUGGAGCUGCAGCCGCUGAUAAGAGGCAGACCUGCGCCUGUUUACCGCGCGGACACACUUCCUGCACAGCUGCUCCUCCGGACCGGACCUGCUGCUGGUUCUGCUGCUGGUUCUGCUGGACCUCCUGUCACCAUGAAAAUAGCAGCUUUCAACAUGAAGAACCUGGGACAGAAGAAAGUCUCAGACAAGAAGGUCGUCAACCAUCUGAUCAAGAUCAUGUCUCAGUACAGCAUCGUGGUGAUCCUGGAGGUGAUGGAUAAAAGCGGUGAAGCCAUGAAGCUCCUGCUGGAAAAGCUCAACAGCAGCAGCCAGAACAAGGAGAGUCCUUAUGGAAUGAUCUGCAGCAAAUCUCUGGGCAGAGACACCUACAAGGAGAAAUACGUCUGCUUCUACAGAACGAAGGAGGUGGAGCUGAAGGACUCCAAGCAGUACGCCGAUGACCAGCCUGGAGAUGAGGACGCCUUCGCCAGAGAGCCCUUCAUCCUGCGCUUCAGCUGUCCGUCCACUGCUGUGAAGGACCUGGUCCUGAUCCCGGUCCACACCGUCCCGGAGGAUGCAGAGAAGGAGCUGGACGAGCUUUUCGACGUGGUGACUGAGGUCUCACGGGAAUGGGAGACGGAUAACAUCAUGAUUUUGGGGGACUUCAACGCAGACGGACGAUAUCUGUCCAAGAAGGGGAAGAAAAAGAUCCGCAUCCACCAGCCUCCCUUCUAUUGGCUGAUAGAUGAUGAUGUCGACACCACAACCAGGACCUCCAACGACAACACCUACGACAGGAUCGUGGUGCACGGACAGACCCUGCUGGACGCCGUCCUUCCUGGAUCUGCAAAGGCUUUCAACUUCCAGGAAAAGUUCAAACUGACUGAAGAGGAGGCUCUCAGCAUCAGCGACCACUAUCCUGUGGAGGUGGAGCUGCGUCCGUCAUCAAAGAAAAGGCGGGCUCAGACGCCAAAGACAAGAGCUCCAAAGAAGAAAGCUGCAGUGAAAAGGAAGUGUGAAGCAGCGAAGGCGGCAGCGAAGGCGCCAGCGAAGGCGCCAGCGAAGGCGGCAGCGAACAAGAGACGUUAGCCGAAGCUUUUACACCUAAACACCAGCAAACAAAGCCAACAUCCAGACAAAAUCCAAGGCGAGCAUCUUUUUUAGCUCCUGGAAAUCUUCAGCUGAAGAAUGUGUCUAAAAGAAUGACAAAUAUAAAUGUGGUUUUGAGCAUCUGGAUCCAAAACAGAGAGACUACAUUUAUUUAUCAAGAAGAAGAAGAAACAGAGAGAUGGUCUCACGGCUCAGAUUUACUUUAGAACUUUAGCCUCACAUGAAAUGAUGCUCAGAUAUUAAGAGAUAAAAUCAAACAAUUUUCAAUCAGCUGUGAGAUGUGGUUGUGCUGUUUUAUUUUAGUCAUUAUUAUAAAGAAUUCUAACAGAAAUGGCUCUAAUUCAUUUCAAAGACAGAAGGUCCAACAUUUGAUUUGAAGAGGUUUUUGUAAAACAGGAUUUUGUUGAAUUACUGACAAAUAUGGGUGUUUUUUAAUAAAAGCAUUGUCCAUUA